AUGAAGCCUAAGAGCAUCCGUUGCGUGAAGUUCUUUCUGGCCCUGUUGAACAUAAUUUUCAUACUUUUCGGACUAUUCCUCAUGGCGAUGUGCGUGAUCGACAUGCGCGAGCGCAAGUCCAAGCCUGAGAAGCAGACAGCGUUGUCCCGCGGCGUGCUGGCAUUCCUCACCACCCUGGCACUCAGUUUGGUGGUGACUGCCGUGCUGGGUUGUAUUGGCGCUUUGAGGGAGCACGUCAAAAUUCUAUACGUGUACGCCUGUUUCCUGAUAUUCCUGGUGUCUGUGGACUUGGUGGUGGCAGCAGGCGGGGCGUUACUCAACAACUGGGUCAGCGGGCCCAGUAAACUCAGGGCGCACUUCUACACAAACUCCACUGUGGAUGACGAGAGACCUAGCCAUCUGAUUUACUGGGAUACACUACAGGCUGAGAACAAAUGCUGUGGCGUCGACGGCCCAGAAGACUACUCUCUGCUACAGCGCGAUAUCCCCACGUCAUGCUGUGCACGUGCUCAUCCCCUACGCGAGGGGGAUGCUCGUCGCCACUUCCACUCCGAAUGCCUCAACAACAAGUCCUACUACCUGAGGGGCUGCGAAGAGAUACUGAAGCAGAAGUUGGCUUUGACGGGAAAGAUUUUUAUAUCUACUGGCGCGCUUUUUUUGUUGCUUGAGAUUACCUCCGUCAUACUUGCGCUGUGGAUGGCAAGAACUGUGAGAACCGAGCGGCGUCGGCUCCAGGAAACUCUACAGGCACACUUCGAAACCUAA